AUAAAUUCUGUGCAACAGUUAGCUCAACAAUGGAAAAAUCGACUGCUUCAGUUGAAAUCUUUAGAUGCAUCAACAAAAGCAGCUUUGCUAUCCGAAUUAAAGAACACGAUCACUCAACCAUUGCCUUCCUUUGGAUUUGGAGGACAGCAGACAUCAAGCUUUGGGUUGUCAAGCUUUCCUGUGAACAGCAGCAGUAACAGUGCUAGCAGUUUCUCCUUUAAAACGAGUUCCAGUCUUGUUGGUGCAUCAUCUGGAAACACCCCUGCUUUUGGGAGCUCUUCUGCUGGUUGUAAUCCUCCUGCAUUUGGUGUGACGUCCUCUCCUAGCGUAUCCCGUUCUGUUGGUUUUGGCAGCUCAGCAUCUCCAUCUGCAGCCUCCUUCUCGUUUAAAACUUCUGAAACAACCAGUGGUUUUGGAACUUCUGGGUUUUCAGAGUUUGGCAAUUCUUCUGUGAGCUCUUCAAGCACCGCUCCGUUUACAGCCUUUGGAGCUUUCAAUGCAGCAGCAGCAGCUUCUCCCUCACAUUCAAGCAGUGCUUUAUUUGGACAGACUGCCAGUGCCUCUGGACACAAUGUAACAUCAGCAUCUUCUGCAGUCCCAAACAAUACUAUGUCAGAAAAGUUAUUUACACCAAAGAGUGAAUUAUCAGCUGAAGAGUUGAAACAAUUUGAAGCGAAAAAGUUUACGAUAGGAAAGAUUCCUCUUAAGCCACCACCAUUAGAACUUUUAAAUAUUUAG